AUGUCUUACAGAGGACCCACUGGAAACUUUGGCGGUAUGCCAAUGUCAUCAUCGCAAGGACCAUACUCUGGUGGUGCGCAAUUUAGAUCAAACCAGAACCAAUCUACCGUAGGCAUUUUCAAGCAGUGGAAGCAAUCUUUUGAGAGGUUUGCCUCCAGGAUUGAAGGGCUUACAGACAAUGCAAUUGUCUAUAGACUGAAGCCCUACAUCCCAAGUUUGUCAAGAUUUUUCAUUGUGGCCACCUUUUAUGAAGAUUCGUUUAGGAUCUUAUCGCAAUGGUCCGACCAAAUUUUCUAUCUGAAUAAAUGGAAGCAUUAUCCAUACUUCUUCGUUGUUGUGUUUCUAGUUAUUGUCACAAUUUCCAUGUUGAUUGGCGCCAGUUUGUUAGUUCUGAGAAAGCAAACCAAUUAUGCCACCGGUGUGUUAUGUGCCUGCGUCAUUUCUCAAGCUCUAGUUUAUGGGUUGUUCACAGGUUCAUCGUUUGUUUUAAGAAACUUCAGUGUCAUUGGUGGGCUGUUGAUUGCAUUCAGCGAUUCCAUUGUCCAAAACAAGACCACGUUCGGCAUGCUUCCUGAAUUGAACAGUAAAAAUGAAAAAGCAAAAGGUUACCUGUUGUUUGCAGGUAGAAUCCUAAUCGUUUUAAUGUUCAUCGCAUUUACAUUCAAUAAAUCUUGGCUUACUAUCGCUUUGACUAUUAUUGGCACUAUAUGUUUUGCCAUAGGUUACAAGACAAAAUUUGCAUCCAUUAUGUUAGGUUUGAUCUUAACUUUUUACAACGUCACAUUGAACAACUACUGGUUUUACAACAACACCAAGAGGGAUUUCUUGAAGUAUGAGUUUUACCAGAACUUAAGCAUCAUCGGCGGGCUCCUAUUGGUUACCAAUACUGGCGCUGGUGAACUAUCCGUUGAUGAGAAGAAGAAAAUUUACUAG